AUGUCGACCGUACUCCAACCUACCACACCUCUGAAACCUUCCCAGCUUUCCAACACGCUUGCCCCCGCACGCGGACCGGCGAGUGGCAGCAUGUUGGCCAAAUCGCACGCGCCGCCGCGAGCGGGAGCGGCAUCAACCAACUCGCACCCGUCCUCCUGCUCGUCGUCGCCGUCGUCUGAGUCUCCGAAGACCAGUGCGCUCUCGCGCUCCCUGCAAUCGACCGCCGCUUCCCCUUCGUCGUCGGGGAUCUAUGCCGCGAACGCUCAAUCGGAACGCGUGAGGAUCGAUCUGCAACGCCUCGAAGAAGCGAAAAGGGUCGAGAGUCUUAGAGCGAGGUCAGUACGCACGGGGGUCGGUGGGCGUGCGCGAUCGCUCUGAGCUGCUCUGAGCCAGUUCUGAGCCUCUGACGAUGAUGACUGUGGCCGUUGCUGACAUGAGCUCCUCUCGGCGUGUUUCUGUGUUUCUUUGUGUGUGUCGUUCGCCGCACGCAACUUUUCCUGUUUGCCCUCUUGCCCCUGUCACUGUCACCAUCACCAUCACCAGUUUUUUGAGCCCUCCCUCCUCGACACACCACACACCCACCUCGAAACCCAACAUCCUCGUUUCUACUAUUAGCGGUAGCCCCCGCACCGGCGGCUCACCUGCUGAUCGUGACCGCGACCGCGACAGCGGCGACGGCAGCGACGGCAGCGACGGCAGCGACGGCAGCGACGGCAGCGGCGGUGGCAGCGGCGGCGCCCCCACUUGCAGGUCCUCGUCACGUGGAGCCGGCGAGGGCGAUCAGUACCGUCACAGUCUCAGCCCAGUCACUGCCUCAGGUGGUGUAGGGAGCACUCCAAUUUCCCCUCCUCCACCUUCAUCGCAACAGCCCUCGCCAGACUCGGUACUGGCUUCGGUCCUGGCCAACAUGUCCCUCAACGCCGCCGAUUCGCCCUCGAACUCGGCCCUCUCGUCGACCCCUGCUGUGCCCGAGACGUCGUCGCCAACAGCACCUGCAAAAUCACCCAAGAGGAGAAGUUUCCUCAGCAAGCUCGCGGGCGCCAUGGAUGGCGUAGCACAUUCGAAUUCCACAUCGACAAGUUCCCGGGCAAAUCACCCCGUCAAGGAAGAAGUGGUUGCUCAGACUCGUGUGGACGCUUCACCGACUCGUACUAAUCCACCUCCCAAAGCGCCGCGACGAGCGACCAGUAAAGAGUGAGUCAGCUAUGAUCGAUCAACCUCGCAGCCUGGCCAUGUAUUGAUGCUACAAGAUGAUCUUCUCCAGCGACUUGACGCUCUUGAUCAUCAACUCGGGCAUCACCGAAUUGGGCAUGUCGAUCCAGGAGGUCAACACCAUUCUUUUCGAGAUCCAAGUCAGUCAAGCUUGUAACCCCUGUGCACAACAGGAUCUGAGCAACGAUCGGAAUCUGAACAACAUCACUCUCUUUCAAACCUCACCAGGAACUCCGCCAUACCACCUCGACAAUCAACCCCUCCACAUCCCCACACGGCUCCUCCCCUUCCUCAUCAACCGGAACCUUCCAUCCCGAGCGCAGCCUCUCGAAUUCCUUGACCUCCGCUGGGGCCGGCCCGAUCGACAACGACGAGAUUUAUUCGCAUGAAGCAGCAUCCCUUACGACUUCGAUCUCGGAAUUGGAUCUGGAUGGCUCUCGAACGUUGGCGAAACUGGGGGCAACAAGGACGGAGGCUAGUACGUUGAGUGAGGUCGAUUCGGCGCUGAUGCGCUUGCAGGAGAGGUUGGAAGCGCUGGCCAAGGUCAGUCAGCUCACGCGGUUGAGCGAAGAAGGUAUGACGGUACUUACUUUCGAACUUGCGAGCCCUCCACAGGAGUAUUCCGAGCUCGAGGCACAGAUCUCGCCUUUCCUCGACGAAUCCGGCCAACCGAGCGGCCCCGCAGCCUUCUUGGCUUCGAAGUGGAGCACGACCAUACUCCAGUACGAAGCCGUACAAAAGGACGCCGAGAUGCUGAGCGAAGAGCUGAAGGAGGACAAGUGGCUCGUCGUCUUUCGCACCGUAUCUUCCCAAGCUGAGGAUAUGAUGAGGUCUUUGGAAAAGGUCUUGACGCAAUCGCAUCAGUUCGUAUGGGAUAUUGAGAGACGACGACCCUCUGCGGCAGGGACGUCCUCUGUCUCGGGAUCAGGCGCAGGUGCGACAAGUAGUACGAUCCUUUUGUCGAGUUCAACUUCGACUCCUUCACGAAGCGUCAUGUCGACGUUCUUGUCCAAAUCACUCCCAACCGCGACGAGUUCAACGGUGCCCAAGGCGUAUUUUGGUGAUCCGGAAACGAUGCAACCCUUGUUGACCUCGUUCAUCGCCUUGCACCGCUCGCUACAUUCCAAAGUCAAAGUGGGUAUAGGUUUCGGGCACCAGGAACGUUUGUGUCGAUAGGACAUUGAUCUCUGGCUUUCUCUGUGACCACCCAGUAUUAUGCACCCGCUUGCGAUCGAGUGCUCAAGAUUCUUGGGAAAGGGAUUGCGGAUCGAAGUACAAAGAAUGGAGAGGUAUUGCGUCGGUUCAACGAGAUGAAGACGCGUUGGAGGAACCUCGUUGAACGGAUCGCCAGGAUAGAAGCCGAGAUGCAAGGUGUGGAAGAGAUGCUAAGGGACGCGGCAGAGCCUUCUUCUGCAGCGGCGAGCCCGACCUCCUCCGUCAGCAUAUCUCGUCGACCGGUCAGUAGUGAUAAGCGGGACUCGCCUUUGAGGAAGUGGGCCAAUAAAGUUACGGGCGCUGGAGGAUCAGCGCGACACCAGACUUCGACGCCGCCUUCUAGGCCACCCGUCUCGCUGCGCAAUUCCACCAAUGCCAGCCUUGCCGGCGCGUCUGUUUCGAGCUCGCGCACGCCUACGACAACCUCGCGGGCCUCGACAUCUCCAAUCACGAUUCCUUCCCCCGUUGCAUCCUCGGCCAAGCCGUCCGUUCAGACUAGGCGUCUCUCCCACUCCCACUCCCCUAACGCUCCCGCGCUCCCUCCCGCCUCGACGCCUCCGAGGCCACCUUCGUCCGCCUUCAAGUCUUCCCGCCCGGAGAGUUUGCUGA